AUGUCGGAGCUGCCGUCCGACUCGUCGCAACAAACUGGCCAUAUUGUGCACACGAGUCUGUCUUCAGCGCCGUCGCCGGAAAGCAUUCACAAGGUCAGGAACCCGCUGUCGAAACUCAGCAAGGCCGCAUUCCAUCGACCUACGACACCACCUGCUCCCUCAGAAUCAACAGUCGGCGCAUCGAGGGAUGCCGACUUUAUCCCCAUGUCCAAGCAACCGUCACGUCUAUUCAAAAUCACCAAGAAGGCCGGCAAGCUCGCCACAGAGCUCGCCAGCGACCUUGCCUUUGGCACGUACAAGGACGACCAAGUAGACCCGCGGUUCGAGGAGUACAAGCUCAGGAGACUGCACGAGCGAACCGCAAAGUACAACUCCGACGUCGAGAAGGUCAAACAGGAGAUCAACGAGAAGGGCACCGAGGUGUAUUUGGAUCACCUGAGGUUCUUCCUCAACUACAUGGACCAGAGCGAGUUCAACGACCCGAUCGACUUUGCCAUCACCAGAAGAGACCUCUGGCUCAACUGGUACAAACAGUUCCUCAUCAACUUGCGUGACGAGGUCGAGGACUACGAGAAACUUGUCGAGGAGCGCAAGGAGGUGCUCUCGCAUCCCGAAUCAGCAUAUCAGCACAUCAAGCACGAUGCGGACUACCGACUGAAAACCAAGCUCCACGAACUCUCGUCCAUUUCGCAGCCGGGACUUAUUCAAAGCCUGCAAAGUUCCAUGUUCAACGACAAGCGGGUGGUGCUCCUGCUGCUCUGGUUUCUGCAAAUCAUCAAGAAACUGCUAAAUCAGCCCACCAUGAUCAACAGAGAGGUGCUGGAGGCUCUGAAAAAUUUCCAGGACACCGUCGACCCGUCGCUCGAGGCAGAGCUCUGCGAGGUGUGCGUCGUCACGAGCAACAAAAUGAUAUCCAGCAACCUGAAAGACACGCCGACCGAGGAGAUCCAAUACAUAGCAGAAGGCUCGAUUCUGGGCGCACACGUCGAGUUUCUCAACGGGUGGCAGGUCAGACACGACAACCCGCAAUUCCAUACAAACUUUAUAAGUGUGACAGACAGUCUUCGAAAGGUCAUUGACCGCACAAACAAGGGCCAGCUUCCGGAAAUCUACGUCGACCAGUAUCCGAAUUUCGACCAUCCAAUUCUUGACGACCAGUUUUACGAAUACCAUCUGAGCAGAGACGAGAAAAAGUUCGCCGAAGAGUACUCUUCCUUCACCACCAUCGCCAGCGACGUGCUGCCCCUGCGCGACGCGUCCCAGUCUUGUGUCUGCUGUCCGGACUUCGCGCUCACCGUGACAGAAAGCAAUCUCAAAUCGACGUUUGCCGAGUUCAAAAGAGUGCUCAAACCAAACGGGUAUCUCCAGCUGUAUCUGUGGGACGUUGAGAACGAGCCAAGCGACCCCAAACACCAGACCGACAGCGAAAUUCUGCGCCAGUGCGUGUGGAGACAGCUAGCACAGUACAAUAAGGCUCGCAACAGCGUGAUCAGCAAUAUCAGCUCCCAGGCCGUUCCCGUGCUGCGGGAGCUGGGAUUCAAAAAAAUCCGUUUCUGCAACAUCGGCUACCCUUUAAUAUCCACCCUGUCAGAACACACAGACAUAGCAAGCAUGAUGCAAACGUCGGACUCUGACCGCACGGCCUCAACCGCCUCCACGACCCAGCUGGGCUACAAGGACCCGCGUGUCAAUGCGUUUUUUGAGUUCUACUCCAACUACAUCGAGUUCCUUAUGUUUGCCAAAAUCCUCUCUGUCUUCCAGCUGGUAGAGACACUCAAGUACCAGGCCGCCAAGGAAAAUGUCACCAAGCUGGGCGACCAGGAGACCCUGGACCUGAUCAAGCUGUUUAUCGACUACAAGCUCAACGGGUGCGGUGGAAAGGUGGUGCAGAAAAAAUUCCCAUACCUUCCUGCUCGGCAGGAAGCUGUCAGAAGCGAGGGAGUGGGCUACUCUGUGGUUUUAAUCGCAGAAAAAUAA